AUGGCCUACCAGGGCAUAUAUACCAGUUAUCAUUCAUCCACUCAGUACCGGGUUUAUGACCCUCGGAACAAUCAAUUCGAAUGGCCUACGAAUGUCCAUUUUUAUGAGAACCGCAAGGGAGUCCAACUAAUGACUCUAACUUCGUUCCCAAUAACCUACAACUCCAUGCGAGCAGACAUCGCCCCCACUCGCUGGAACGGUAACGACCUCAGUGACGCCUUCAUCCAGGAUAGCAUUGAGACCGUAUCUAGCGACGACGAUGAGGAGGAGGACUAUGAGAGGCCUACACCGAACAUCACACCGUCGCCACGAAUCGAAGAAAUUAAAGAUAUACGGGAUUUGUCGGUAACUCAACACUCGCUUACGCUAGUACUCAUUCGGCCUAGUCAUUAA